AUGAGUAAUGAUUUGGUUAGAGCUUUGGUUCUUGAGUUCGUGCAGGAUGCAAGAAUGGAUCAAGAAGAGAUGAGGAGAUUUUUGGUUGAUAGAGAAAAUAUUGAGAAUGUGAAUGUUGUGCAACCGGAAGCCGAAUUAGAACCAUCGCUUAAUAAUGUGGUUAAUGAGUUUAAUCCAAAUGAGAUUGUGCGCGAUCUAGGUUGUAGGACACAAAUUAGUGAGUAUGCUCCAGAUAUUCAAGACCAAGCGAGGAGGACAUAUAUAUUGAACGGUCCAAUGCAACCAGAUUUGUCAAGCUUUCCUCGUACUCAAUUUGGAAGUGUUAAAAGAGCAUUUAGUAAAUCAUGGUAUAAGAAUUAUACAUGGUUAGAAUACAGUGAGAUAAAGGAUGCAGCUUAUUGUUUUUAUUAUUUUCUAUUUAAGCAACCCGGGAGGACCGAACACUUUGGUUUUGAAGUCUUCACUAAAAGCGGAUAUAGAGAUUGGAAGCAUGCAUCUCAAGGCUUGAAAGGUCAUGUUGGUAGUCAUAAUAGUUUGCACAACUCAUGUGUCAAGCACUACGAUGAUUAUAAUAAUCAAAGACAAAGUGUGACAAGUAAGUUUGCUAAAGCAACCAAGGAAUCAGAAGAAUUGUAUAAGAUUCAUUUGACUUGUUCUUUAUAUUGUUCAAGAUAUCUCAUAGCACAAGGCAUGGCUUUCCGUGGCCAUGAUGAAUCCUCUACUUCGCUAAAUAAUGGAAAUUUUAGAGAGAUGGUAGAUUGGGUGAUUAUGGAAGAGCUUGGUGAUAGACAAUUCUCCGUGCUUAUUGACGAGUCACGUGAUAUAUCCGUCAAAGAGCAAAUGGCGGUGAUGUUGAGGUUUGUGAAUGACAAAGGGAAUGUUGUGGAACGAUUUAUUGCUCUACAUCAUGUCACAAAUACUUCAUCUAAGUCAUUAAAGGAUGCUCUUUAUGGUAUUCUUGAUAAGUACACGUUAUCUAUUUCAAGGAUACGAGGGCAAGGAUAUGACAGAGCUUCAAAUAUGAGAGGUGAAUUUAAUGGUUUGCAAAGAAAAAUUCUAGAUGAAAACCCCUAUGCUUUCUGUGUCCAUUGUUAUGCUCACCGUUUGCAAUUGGUUGUUGUGUCUGUUACUAGUAGUUGCUCAUCUAUUCAUGAUUUCUUUGAGUACAUCGCCUUGAUUAUGAAUACAACAAGUGCAUCUUGUAAGAGGAGGGAUGCUUUGACAGAGGCACAACACCAAGAUAUUUUAAAUAAACUUGAGAGUUGUGAGAUAUCUAAAGGAAGGGGCUUGCACCAAUCAUCUAGUCUCACUAGACCCGGGGAUACUAGAUGGGGUUCACAUCAUACUACAUUGCUUCGUUUGGAUCAAAUGUGGUCCUCCGUGUUAAAGGUGCUCAGUAUGGUUGAUGAAGAUGGACGUGGACCAUUUCAAGCAGCAGGUUUGAUAGAAAAAAUGGAGAGCUUUAAAUUUGCAUUUAUUUUGAGGUUAAUGUUAAAGUUGUUUGGUAUCAUAAAUGAGCUUUCAAAUGUAUUGCAAAGAAAAGAUCUUAAUAUUGUGAAUGCCAUGGAAUUAGUUGAUGUUGUCAAAGCUCGGUUGGGUACAAUGAGAGAGAGUGGUUGGCAUAAUUUUUUUGUCGAUGUCCAAGGAUUUUGUUUUGUUAAAAGUAUUCUGAUACCAAAUAUGGAUGACGAAAUACCAGUUCGGGGUCGUUCAAGAGCAGAAGGGAGGACUAUCACUAAUCUUCAUCAUUACCGUGCAAAGAUUUUUUAUGUUGCUAUUGAUAAAAUAUGUGUGGAGAUGGAUCACCGCUUUAGUGAAGGAAGUAACAUUAUACUUGAUUGCUUCUCAUGUCUUGACCCCAAGAAUUAUUUCUCUAAGUUUGAUGUUGAUAAGCUUGCUCGUCUUGCUGAUAUUUAUCAUGCAGACUUUUCUGAUGAUGACCGAGGAACAAUUAGGGAUCAACUUGAAACUUAUGUGCUUCAAGUGAGAAGAAAUGCUUCAUUUUCCACUUGUGAAGAUGUACAAAGUUUGGCUAUGAAGAUGGUUCAAACUGAGAAACAUUUGGUAUUUCCAUUGGUUUAUAAACUUAUUGAGAUAUCUUUGAUAUUGUCGGUGUCAACAGCAUCCGUUGAAAGAGCUUUUUCAGCAAUGAAGAUUAUCAAGUCUAAAUUGCGCAAUAAGAUCAACGAUGUGUGGUUCAAUAACUUGAUGGUAUGUUACAUCGAGCGAGAGAUAUUCAAGUCAUUUGAUGAUAUUGAUAUUAUUCGAACAUUCACCGCAAAGAAGUCUUGGAAAUGA